AUGUCCAAGCAAAACCGCGACGUUGAGUUAGCCCGCCUGGUGCAUGACAAGCCACUCAGUCAUCCUAGCUCCUCCCCCUCCCGUCGCAGCCUAGCCGAGCAGCUGCCCAAUGUCCCCAGCUACCGCUCCACCACUGCCGCUACCUCCCGCAUCCCUGUCCUUGUCGCCAGAAAGCAAAAGGCUGGUGUGACGAACCCCAGUUUUUUGAAGGAAGAAGGGUCGUCUUCUCGCACCCAGGGUAAUGUAGCAUUUGCCAUGGCUUUGUGCGUGCAGCUUUGUGUGUCAGGCUUCCUUCGUUUCGUCUGCCUGUGUGUGUCUCUCUUGUGUCUGCUUCAAUACAUGUACAUCCAGUAGCCAUAACUUCCAGAUGUGUAUCUGUGAUGCAGUUUUGCAUCAAAAGAGAAAAGGCCAAGAGUUGCUCUGCUGUGCUGAAGGUUGCAAAUGGCCUUGCUUCACAAAUUGCUCUAUUGAAGGUGGCAGGCAAGACCUGUCCCUUUUGGGUAUACUUUUUAGAGUAGGAGUGGAGAACCAUUUCUGCCCAGCAAGCCAGAUGCUUAUGUGCCAACUCUGGAGCCCCCCCGAUUUAAAAAUACAUAUCUUUAUUUUAAAAAAUAAAAAGCAAAUGUAAACCAAACACAACUGGGCAGUUGUUCCAUUACCAUUGAAAACAGUCCCAAAUGAAUUGAAGGAGCAUUAAUAUGUAUAGCAUGGUGAAUGCAGUUUUGAGAGGUAGAUGGGUGGGGCUGUCCACCUGUCAAUCCCCUAAAGCCAUAGUGACAUCAGGUGACACUGUGCUUUGAAGUCCCAUUGUUGGGACUUCAAAGCACAGUGCGGAGGAUGUUUGAAAGCCCUUUUGCAAAUAGUCCUGUGCUGCUUUUUGAAGAAGCUAAGUUAAUUAAUUUUGAAGAAAUAAUAAUUCACAGUAUAUUUAAAAAUAUUGCAUAAAAGCUUGCUUGGAGUUUGCACUAAGUUAUUAUCUCUGAAAAGUAAUAUGUGCUUCCUAUCACUACAGGAAGGAAUAAUCAAACCUCUUGGUGUUUGAAACAACUUGUCAUAUUUGAAUAAUGUGCCUAACUUUUCAUAGCAAUAAUUGUACAUCUGAAUGCAUUUAUACCUUCCAGUUAAUUAUUCCUGUUAGUUCUACAAGAUAGUUAUCUAAAUACAAAAGGGUAUCAAUAUGAAUCUAUGACACAGUUUAACAUGAUAACACAGAAUCAACAAGAUGAUAUAAACAUUUACUUUAUCAGGGUAUUAUAACUAGAAUUUUUACUCCAAAUAUUAAAUAUAUUUUAUUUAUUUUAUUUCAGCCAAUUAUAUACUAUGUAAUUACAAUCAGUAUACAAGAACAGUGUACAAUCAACACAAUCACUUGAAAGUAUUAAAAAUUAAAAUAUUUUGAAUUGGUUCAUGAAAAAUAAUAACACAAAAACUUUGUUUUAAUUUUUUUUAAAAACCCACAAAAUUUAUUAUAUACUUUGGCCAUAGUAUAAUUUGAAUUGCAUGGAAAAGAAACUGUAUAAACCUGGGAUAGGACAUUUAAGAGGUGGCUAUGUUUACUGAAGGUGUCUGAAAAUACAGUUGGGAAUUAGGAGGUUGUAGUUUCAGGUGUCUUUUGAUCAGUAAAGGACCUACAUCUUGAACAUUUUGGUAUGAGGAGCCUCUGCUAGUGAUGUAUCCACUGGUUUUAUCUGUCUUCUUGUUUUCUUCUGGCUCAUUUCAUAUAUUUUCUUGCCAAAGGACGGCCAUCAGGGAGAUACCCCACUGUGAACAUCAAGAAUAGGAAUCCCAAGAAUGGCUCUUCAGGACUGCCAGUAUUUGCCGGCCAUGCUCAGACCUCACCACCAAAGAAACCCCAAACCCUCGCUGUACCGGUUAUAGCCAAGGCUCCCAAGAGGUAUGCACCCAUAAUGUUUUAGAACCUAAAGUCCAAAAACCUGUCAUUUAGCAUCCAUGCAGAUUCUUGAUUUAUCGAGGAGCAUUGACUUGUAACUGGGAUACAAACCUGGGAUAAGCAUUUCCAUACCUUUGGGUACACAGCUGGGGUGCAUAAAUGGGUUUAAAGCUUAUGUCAGAGCUGAUCCAAUAUCUUCCCACUGGCUGAGGCUGAUGGGAGUUGUAAAUCUGCAAUGUCUAGAGGGCAACAGGCCAGCAAAGGCUGAAUUACCCUAUGGGCCAACAACUAGUUGCUAACUUCUUUGUUUGUUAUUUAUUUUGUUUUUCUGUCAAGUGUCCUAAAUCUGUCUGCCACUCUGUUAAAGUGGUUUCUUUCUAAAGACUCGGGGUGCCUUUUAUGGGCAACCUUUAAUCUGCUUGCACCUUAUUAGUUCUCCGAAUCUUAAUUUUUUGUCGUCCAAAUAACAUUAGUUUGUGAUCACAGCUGAGCUACCAGGGCCAAGGACAAUCUCACAGCUGAAGCUGCUGUUUCAAGGCAGCAACAGCAAGACAUUGAUACUAUCAGUGUGGACUAAAUUUAGGACUCACUUUUUUAAAUGGAGAGAAUGUUCUGAUCGUGUGUACCAAAAAAUACCUGACCUCUUUCUUUCCCCCCAUUUCAGGAGGAAACGCUCUUCCCAGGAGGAGAGUGUGGAGGAGCUGAAAGUGCCAUCUACAAGCCCCUCACCAGUCAAAGCUUGGCCGGACCUUUCCAGUCCACAGAGAGAAGGAUCACUUUGGUACAACACUAGAGACUUUCAUUUAUACAUGGCAUUUAUAUUCUACCCUUUCUCCAAGAAAGUCAGGGCAGCAAACAUGGGGUUCUUACAUGUUAUCUUUGCAGUAUGUUUACAUCAAACAAGAGCUAGUUUGACCUCACUGCAUCUUUAGCAUGUAGUAGCUUAGUUUGUUUGGUCUGCAGACCAUAAACAUCAGAUACAUUGUAGGGUUAGCAAGACAAGCGCAGCGUUUUUAGAAAAAGUGCAAGAUAUGCUUUCCCUUGUAAGUGUCCAGCAGUUCCUAAGAACAUAAGAAGAGCCUGCUGGAUGAGGCCAAUGGCCCAUCUAGUCCAGGAUCCUGUUUUCUCACAGUGGCCAAUCAGAUGCCUCUGUGAGAAACAGGCAAACAGGACCUGACCUCCAGAACACUCUGCCCUCCUGUAGCUUCCAGCAGCUGAUAUUCGGAGGCAUAGCAAUCAUGGCUACUAGUCAUUGAUAGCCAUAUCCUCCUUAUUUUAUAAUAGGCUGCAGGAGAAGGCUGCAUGACAGACUUUGCUAGAGUGUACUCCAGCCCUCCAGGCUGCAAAGCAAAGAAUGUAAUGAAUGAAAGUCAAGCCACACUGAAAAGCUACCCACCAGUCAGUAAGAAACCUAUAAUUCAUCUGCCUAUAGCCUCCAUCCCAACUUGGUGGUGCCCUUCAGAUAUUUUGAACUACAGCUGCUAUUGGUCCUAGCUAGCCACCCCAGUCAUAUGAUGCUGAAGUUGAUGGGAGCAUAGCCACACUGGCCGGGGCUGAUGGGAGUUGUAGUCUAAAACAUCUGGAGGGCACCAAGAUGGAGAAGACCUACAGCUUGGCAUGUGGGAGAAAUUAGGUUUCAGUUCACAAUUUAUGUACCUAAUUCGUGAUUCCCAAAAUAAUCCACAAUUUGAAACGAGGUGAACCUUCUAAAUCCGCACUUCUCUGAAUUUUGCAAAACUAUCAAAAUAUGAGUAUGUACAAAAUGUGUAUAUUAGAGCAUAGUGCGUAAAAUGCAUAUAUUAUUGAAAACAACAUACGAAACUGUAUUAUAUUAGAGAAAAUUGCUUGCAAAUAUUUGUAUAUUAGGCACAAUUGCAUUUAAAAAAUGUGUAUAUGAGGAGAAAUGGUCCCUCCUUCACUACAACUUGCUAAAAUUGGGCCUAGAAUUAAUUAAUAUAGCAUUGUUCAAUGAAAAGGUUUUCAUUCAUAAUAUCACUUCUGGUGAUUAUAGCAUUAAGCAAUGGGAAAGUUUUCAUUCAUAAUAUCUGGCCUGGUUUUACUAUAGUUUGCCAGAUCGCAGCAGCUCAACAGCAAGCCAAAACAGUGCAGUUAUCAAUGACCGUCUGCAAGAACUGGUGCGUCUCUUUAAAGACCGAACAGAGAAAGUGAAAGAGAAAUUGAUUGACCCAGAUGCUUCUUCUGACGAGGAAACCCCUGUGGCGUGUAAGUGAGACCAGCACCAUCUAUUACAAAACUCGAAGGCUCUCCUUUUUCGGGGGGGGGGGUCCUGUGUCUAGCGGGGGGUUAAAGAUAUUCAACCUAUUUCUGAAACAUCUCUCUGCUUCUUGUCACCUUCUGACAAGCUCCUUUUCAAGGGUUGCCAAUUGCUUAUUGCAACAUGACUUUUGAGGUUUCUGAAGCCAUAGAGCACUUACUUAACUGAAGCAUAAAUAAGCUUUGCAAAGCUUGGACUCAAUCAAACUAGCACUUUGCAGCAGGGGUUUAGCUUCUCUUCAGCUUCCUUAGGAUGGGCAGCAUAAGCUUUGCUGGACCCUGAUAGCUGACCCCGAUGGCUGCUAUGUCAAAGGUCUUGCUGAUUAGCAAAUGGGCGUAGCAACUUUCCAGACACACACUCUCUCUCCAUCCUUUGAUACCAGGUUCUUCUAGAUGAAGCAGAAAUCAGCUGUAUGUAAAAAUUGACACUCGGUGUGAGUUGGGGGGGGGGGCAUGACCAUCACCAGAGGAUGGGUAACUUGAGCACCAAAGUACAUGAAGGAAAACAACCCAGGCCUUCUGUGUCUAAUGAUUAAAGACUCAGAAGCAGCAUUUCCCAACCUGAUGCCCUCCAGACAUUUUGGACUCUUGGUCCUAUCUACCCCAGUUGGCUUGAGCUGAGGGGAGUUGCAGUCCAAAACAUCUGGAGGGCACCAGGUUGGCACCACAGUGCCCAAGCAUGUGCAGAGAUUUUUUAUUCUCGCUGUUGAAUAACUGCAGCCUCUGCACACCUAGUAUCAAUUAAGAUGGUCAAAGGCUGGCUAAAAACAAUGGUUUUGAUUCCAAAGUUUGCCUGGUUUUCACUUGUUCCCAUAGCACCUUCCAAAGAAAAGCCUCCAGAAGAAAAAGAAGGAGUGAGUGAGAAGGGUGGAAAGAAGAAAAGUCCCCCACGUGCAAGAAAAUGCCAGUUCCCUAGCAGCAUUGACCCACUCACCAGUGAGUACCUGGAAUGGGCUUUUGACCGAAGAGCCUGCUGUAGAAUAUUAAGCAGGAGGGGGGAUGGCCAUGUCAGUAGCUCGUCCUACUCUCGAGUAGGACCCUAGCAGAGACACAUGCCCGACUGACAUGUUCUCUCCCUCCUGGUCUUUCAUUUGGGAGCUUCAACAGCUUUCUUCUGCCCAAACAUUACAGCGACCGAUGCCAACAGACAUCGGCACACUUAGGGAUCCACAGAGUCUUCGCAGCUUGCGUAACAGACCUCAGCAACUCAGCAUUUUGGCUAAUCUACUUUAUUUACAUAUAAACACACCCGGAGCACUGCAACAUGGCUCCCUCUCUCUCUAGCAUCAGACAGCAGAGAGAGUGAACAAAGGACAAAAGUCCCACUUCACGGAACACAGUAACACAAACAUCCUGUCUCCGUCACUUCCCACUUUGUGGAGUCAAAACAGACACCCUCAUGUGAUAGACAAAAAUCCCAUGUGACUGCAAUCAUGGAGCAGGAAUUCUAACAGGAACAGGCGAGAGGCUGAUGGGCAGGUUGCUUGAUGCUGAGCAUCUCUUUUUGGAAACAGGCACUGAAGAGGGAUAAAGCAGUGAACUCCAUUUUUAAGUCAGCCAACUUCAUUCAAACCUCCUGAAUGAUCCUUUGGAUAAGUCCACACUCCUUCAAAUUGCAUUAUAAAGUGCUCAGCUAAAAAAUAAAAUACCAAAAUGCAUUUAAAAGGUGCAUUUUAGUACAAAAUACAUUUAGAAAUUCACAAAUAUUCUAUAUGUGCUUUGUGACAUAACACAUGUGUUUGUAUUAUAAUACAAAUUUACAUACCUCUUUUAAAAUAUUGGAGGUUAAUAAGGAAAUGGGAUGGAGUGGAAUUGUGAAGAUGCAUUCAAAAUUGACAGAGACCAGAAAUAGACUGUUUCAUCCAUUCCAAACAAUUCAAAUGCGAACAGAAUCAAAUUCCUGCUCCAUCCCUACCUGGAAUCCCUAGGCCAGUGUGUAGAUGUCCCCAGAUUUUCAGAUGGAGACCUAAGGCUGAGAGAUAAAUGCUUGUCUAAGGCCACCCAGUGAGUUCACGAUUAAACUGAGAGGUGGGUGCUGGAAUGGCUCCAUCUCUUAAUCAACUUUAUUCAUAGCAAAAAAAGCACUAUAGUGGAGAACAUUCAUGGAGCACAUUUAUGGUUGAGAACUACUAAUUCAUCUUGCACAAAGUUCUCAUUCUCUGAUCCCACAGGAACUGGUUUGCCUUCUAUUUUGAGGUCCUGUUAUUUUGGACCCCGAUGCUGCUGUGCUCAGUUCCUAUAGUUCCACUGAGUUACCCUAAACAAGAGAAGCAGGAUAAGUUCUUGGCAACUAGCAGAGCUCCUGAGUCUGUUCUGGGUUUUCCCCUCCCACUCUAGAUCUGAUGUACAUCUUGUGGCUCUUCAUUGUGGUUUUGGCAUGGAAUUGGAACUGCUGGCUGAUUCCAGUCCGCUGGGCUUUCCCGUUCCAAACACCUGCAAAUGUUUAUUACUGGAUGGCUGUGGACUAUUUCUGUGACCUCAUCUACAUUUUGGAUAUCAGCAUCUUUCAGGUCCGCCUGCAAUUUGUCCAAAGAGGAGACAUCAUAGUAAGUGACACCCAUAAGGCCUUUGUUCUAUUGGAUUAGCCCCUGACGUUUUGGGACGCGGGUGGCACUGUGGGUUAAACCACAGAGCCUAGGACUUGCCAAUCAGAAGGUCGGCGGUUUGAAUCCCUGCGACAGGGUGAGCUUCUAUUUCUCGGUCCCUGCUACUGCCAACCUAGCAGUUCGAAAGCAUGUCAAAAUACAAGUAGAUAAAUAGGUACCACUCCGGCGGGAAGGUAAACGGCGUUUCCAUGUGCUGCUCUGGUUCGCCAGAAGCGGCUUAGUCAUGCUGGCCACAUGACGCCGGCUCCCUUGGCCAAUAAAGCAAGAUGAGUGCUGCAACCCCAGAGUCGUCUGCGACUGGACCUAAUGGUCAGGGGUCCCUUUACCUUUUAGUCCUUGAGAAAGCCAAGCAUUAUGAGGAAACCAGGCCUUAUGGGGAACAGUUGAGGGAGCUGGGAAUGUUUAGCCUGGAUAAGAGAAGACUGAGGGCCUUUCACACUUCUACUUGUCCUGUGCAUGGGAAGCAUGGGUCUGAACACUUUCCUGCUUGUCCCAUUCCUUUGCUCCACCGCUUUCCCCGAGAAAACACACUCCUUAGCACUAAAUUGGAGCAGACAGCAAUCCGCAGAAAACCUGAUUGCAGUUUGUUCUGAUUCAGUGCUAAACCAAAGGUUUCCCCAGGGGAAAGCUAUAUGAGAUUAUAGCCAUAUUCAAAUAUCUAAAGGGCUGUGACACAGAAAAUGGAGCAAGCUUGUUUUCUGCUGCUUGAACAAAUAGAUUCAAAUUACAAGAAAGGAGAUUACCAACUAAACAGUAGGAAGAAUUUUAUGAUGGUGAGAGCUGUUGCACAAUGGACUGGACUACCUCAGAAGGUGGUGGGCUUUCCUUCAUUUGAGUUUUUUAAACCAAGGUAGGAUGGCCAUCCUUCAGGGAUUCUCUAGUUGAGACUCCUGCUUUGCAGGAGGUUGGGCUAGAGCACCCUUUGGGAACCAUCCAGUGCUACAAUCCUAUGUGCUUAUCCACACUUCCUCUUGUCCCACUGCUUCCCCCUAGGGAAACGAUUCUUUCGUGCUCAUUAGGAACAAACAGCAAUUUGGGUUUUCUAUGGAUUGAUGUUGGUUUCCAAUUUAUCACUAAAGAACAGGUUUUCCCUGGGAAUAUAGUGGGGCAAGGGGGAAAUUGUUCAGACCCAUGCUUUCUAGGCACAGGCCAAUGUGGAUGAGCCCUGUGGAUCUGUGAAAACCCUGUGUGGCUAAAGAUCACAAACCAUAAAUGAAGAACCUGUGGCUCUCCAGAUGUUGUUGAACUCUCUGCUUCCAACAGCCAGCACACCCGAUAGUCAGUGAUGAUGAGAGUUAGGCUCCAACAAUGUCUGGAGGGCCACAGGUUCCCAAGCCCUGCCAUUGGGCAAGCUUGUUUAUCUUCACCGUCCAAGGACCUCUCUUAGCUGUGGACACUUUGGAUCUGACAGAAACAGCCAGUGUGGGGGUACCCAUAAUAUAUUUUAAAUUUUGGUUGGUGGACAGGCUUUCAUUCCUUGCUUCUUUCCUGGCUGUGUGGCUGCCCAUUAUUUGCAAAUCUCUGAUGGAUGCAUCUCUUCUUCCACUAUGAAACAAGUGGUGAUGCCCCCUCUCCUUUUGCCUCCUCUUCCAGACUGAUAAAAAGGCCAUGAGGAAGAACUAUCUGAAGUCAGGCCGCUUCAAGGUCUGUACCAUUUUCCUUACUUGUUUUAAUUCAGCAUUCUGCCAGCUGGCACCUUCCAGAUGUUUUGGACUACAACUUCCAUUGCGCCCCCUCCCCCAGCUGGUUAGGGGCACCUGUUUGGGGAAGGCUGUCGUAUGUAAAAUGAUCAGUGGCUAGAAAUUAAGAGUUGCAUCAUUUUAGUUCAACUACAGCAAUUUUAGUUAUAUGAAGUGCUCAUCCAUGCCACAAUCAAAUAUUAAAAUGGUAGUUUUGUUUUUGAUAUAAUUCACUUAUGUAAACAAAUGUGCUUUGCAAAGUUGCAAACAGUCCUACUUUGAGGAGACUUUUAAGUUCAAGGUCUGGACAGGGCUGAACCUGACAAAUAUCUGGAAUCUCCUGAUGAAGGAUCUCAGUACAGCAGAAACCACCUGGGGCUCUGAGCCCCUGGUGGUUUCUCCUGAUGGGGACCUUACUCAAAGAGUUUGGCUGGCCUCUUUCAUCACAGGAUGCCACUGUGUUUUGUUUUACAUGCAACAUUGUCCCUCCUGCUGUCUUUUCUCCCAUCUUCCUGUUUCCCAGGCUCUUGCCUUGAAUAUCUUUCCUCUCCGCUGUCCCUUUGCACUGUUUCAUCUCCUGCUUGCUGCUUUUCACCCCCUCCCUCUUUCCGGCUCACCUCUGGGGCUAAGAGCCCCAGGCCCUUCCAUCUUUUUCCUCUUCCUAUUUUUCCCUCCUCCUUGUUGUCCUCGCAGAGACAGCAGAAAUGUCCCUUUAUAACUUGCCUCUUUCCCUUCUAGUUUCAUUUAUUUAUUAUUACAUUUCUAUCCCACCUUUCCUUAAUGUAGCUCAGAGUGGUGUGGUCUUCCCCCUUCCCAUUUAAUCCCCACAACAGCCCUGUGAAGGAAGUCAGGCUGAGAGACAGUGACUGGCUUAAGGUUACCCAGUGAGCUUCAUGGCCAAGUGAGGAUUUGAGCUCUGGUCUCCCAGGUCCUAUCCUGGCACUCUAACCACUACACCACACCUGGCCUCUACCUCACCCCUCUGUUCCCCUUGCAUCUCUUCCCUUGCCCUUCAAAACCACCCUGGUUUCUUAGCUCCUGCACGGUGGCCUUUUAACAGGUGCUGAAUGCUCUCUUUGUGCCUCUGAUGGGAAGCAUUCGCCCCAGCUGGAUUGCCUGACACCAUUAUGUGGUCAGAGGCAAGUCACUGUCUCCUAGCUCCAGUUCCGCACAUGAAAAGCAGAGAUGCUGAGAUGACAAACACAAUCAGUAUUAUAAAGCCAUUUAAAGGUGCCAUCAAAUUACAUGCAGUGAUAGUGUUGGCAGAUCAAGUUGCUAAUAUCUUUUUUUGGGGUGGGCUGUGUGCCUCUUUCCAGAUGGAUGUGAUCUGCCUUCUUCCACUGGAUUUUCUUUACCUCAAAGUGGGUUUCCAUCCUCUCUUGCGCUUGCCUCGCUGUUUAAAGGUGAGUCAGGGCGAGUUACGCUCCUACAACCUAUUUUCAAAACUCUUUUUGUUGUGUUUUAGUAGAUGUGCAAAACAGGGAGGGGGAGGAAGAACAUUUUCCCUUUUUUGCUGGGCUUGCUGAAAGUGGGAAAUGCACUUGAGGUAUUUAUUGAAACCUUUAAAUAUUUGAAGGGCUGUCACUUUGGGCUCAUCCAGAGAUCCUAAAUUUGCAGAUCCUUCCAUUGCUACCAUAGACUGCCUUGGAAGGUGGCAGACUCUCCUUUCUUAAUAAAUUAAAAAAUUGUCCAGUAGCACCUUAGAGACCAACUAAGUAUGGGGUGGGGUUUUUCUCAGAAGGGUAGUAGGAGAUGGGUGAUUGACUCAAUGGGUAUGGUAAACCUGUUGACGACUGCAUUUGUCCUACAGGAAAAAGCAUGGGAUAGUAUGCAGAUGACCAAAAAUAGCUUUAGCAUGUGUAAGAAAAACCCCACCCCACCUUCUCACUAUAUAUAAGGGUCUGGUGACUUCUGUUUCAGUGUAUCUGAAGAAGUGUGCAUGCACAUGAAAGCUUAUACCCAGAACAAACUUAGUUGGUCUCUAAGGUGCUACUGGACAAUUUUUUAAUUUUUUAAUUUAUUUCGACUGCAUCAGACCAACACGGCUACCUACCUGAAUCUCCUUUCUUAGACAUUUUAAAACAGAAGCUGGAUAGCCUCCUGCUAGGAAUUCUGUGGCAGUGGAUUUCUAGCAUCAGGAGGUGGGUUGAUCUUGAUGACCUUUCAGGUACCUUCCCUUCAAAGCACUUUCAAGGAAUUUGAUUCAGGUGCUGCUGAAGGGACACCCACCAAAUCAUUAUUUCAGUAAUUAAGAAAAAGUGCUGAGAGCUUUUCCAGCUAAUUUUAUUGUGAAAUAUUUCUCCAUUUGUCCCUGAACUGCUCUUGGUGCUCAUUUGUACUUUUCAUUCUGUCCCACAGUACAUGGCCUUCUUUGAGUUUAACAAUCGGCUUGAAGCUAUUCUGAGCAAGGCAUAUGUUUACAGGUGAGGUAAGCUUUUGAUGCUGACCCUCUUCACUCUUGAAUGCAGCUGCUAUAGGAAGAGGGGAGACUCAGGAGCAUUGCAGCAUUUUAGUUCCUUUCAUAACUUUCUCUUUGUACAGUGGUACCUCGGGUUAAGUACUUAAUUCGUUCCGGAGGUCCGUGCUUAACCUGAAACUGUUCUUAACCUGAAGCACCACUUUAGCUAAUGGGGCCUCCUGCUGCCGCACGAUUUCUGUUCUCAACCUGAAGCAAAGUUCUUAACCUGAAGCACUAUUUCUGGGUUAGCGAAGUCUGUAACCUGAAGCGUAUGUAACCCGAGGUACCACUGUACUGAUUCCCCCCCCCCCCCGAAACUGAGGGAUCACCUACCCUUGACUUGUCUUGUCCCUAGAAAGCAUGGAUCCAAGUGUUUUUCCAUUUGCCCCACCGCUUUCCUCAAUAAAACCCACUCUUUAGUGUGGAAAACAGAGCAAGCAUCAUUAAGAGGAAAACCAAAUUUGCACUAUCAGGCUUCCCUGGGUGAAAGCAGUGGGAUGAGCAGAAGCCUGGAUGAGCCCUGAGACCUUCUGAAGAGAAAAGCUGCAUGUUGAUCUACAUAGUCUAAUGUAAUUCCAUUAUUUCCAGAAUUCACAGCAUGCGACGUUUUUUCAGAGGGCAGCAGUUGUGUUGGGCUGUUGAGGUGAAAACAACCAAGCAUCUCGUAGCACUUUAAAGCCUAACCAAUCUGUUAUGGUAUAAACUGGGUGGGGGUUAGACAAAUUUUUAGAUAAGGCCAAUGCCUUUUUCCCCUAGAACUCACUAGGUUCAUGGCAAUCUGCCUUCUGCCCCGACUACAUUUUCACAGGGAGACCUCCAGCGACCAUCAUUGAUUGACCCCUGGCCCCUUCUCACCUCUGCACGUUUUAAAACUAUUUUUGAAGUUGCACAUAGAUGAUGCUCCUAAAAGAAAAUCUGUAUGAAGGCAAACUUAUGGAACAGGAGGGCCAAAGUGCCUACUUUCCAUUGGCAUAUCCAGUGUAACUACCAUAUAACAAUCACUAUAAUAUAAGCUAUUUUUUCCUAAGACCUUACAUAAGUACAAUUGACCACUAGUGGCUCUAUAGGUUGCAAAUGGGAAUGCAGACAUGAAAAGUGAGAUUGUUUUAGAGAACAACUUAAAGAGUAUUUUGUUAACAUUGUCGUCUUUCUUCACCCUCUUUGUAGAGUGGUAAGGAUCACAGCCUACCUGCUCUUCAGCUUACAUGUGAACUCAUGUUUAUAUUACUGGGCAUCCUCCUCUCAGGGGUUGGGCUCAACUGCCUGGGUCUACAAUGGGGAAGGAAACAGGUACUCAUUAUAUAUUUCAUUUCUGCAUUGCUAUAAUCCAACCACCCCCAACACGGUGCCUUCCAGAUGUUUUGGACUACAAUUCCCAUCAGCCCCGGCAUCAUAGAGCCAAAAAACUAGAAGGCACUAGGUUGGGGAAGGCUGGUAUAAUUCAUUGUUAGAGGAUAAAAGCAGUAGUAGAUCAGUUGCUUGGGCAUUCUUAUCCUCUCAUAUCUUUUUUUUAUAAGCUAUAUCCGCUGUUAUUACUGGGCUGUCAAGACUUUGAUAACAAUUGGAGGACUGCCAGACCCAGAGACCCUCUUUGAGAUCAUCUUUCAGCUGCUCAAUUACUUCACAGGUGUCUUUGCUUUCUCUGUCAUGAUAGGUCAGGUAAGAAAACAAUCCAUGCCUUUUCAGUACACAACAAUCCUUGUUCCUCCCCCUGCCCUGAUUCUGCCAACCUAGAGGGGGUUAGGAUGCAGUGAAGGUUUAGGAUGCAGUGGACUCUGCAGACAGGGUGCCUCUGCCACUGCAGAGGUCCCCACUGUGCCCACCAAAAGCUGCGGGCAGAAGCUACCAUUGGCAGUACCAGCAAUAAACCCCUGAAACAGAGCAUUUUAGAGGGUGGGGAGGAGUCCAGCUAUUGGCAAUGGGUGCUAUUCACGCAUCUCUGCUACACCAGUCUGGAGGCAGCAGAGUAAAAAUUUGCAGUUUGACUUGCCCACUUUCUGCCCUGGCUGGCAUGAGUUGAGGAGUAUUCACAUUUUAAAAGUCUUUUAAAACAAUGCUGGGGAAGGGGAAACUCUUUAAGAAUGUAAGCAGAUGCUUAGAAAGUGUUGGGCUUUGUUGUGUGGAAACUGGGACUUUCCCCAGCCUAUUCAUGGAUAAAGUUAACAUCAAGGCAUUCCCAGGCUCUCGACUCUACAAAGUGAAUGGCCACCAUUCAGGUAUCAUGUUCCAGUUGAAAGAGAGAAAGAAAGAAAGAAAGAAAGAAAGAAAGAAAGAAAGAAAGAAAUUACCCUACAAUCUCAUACAAUAAAACAUCUCAACAUGAGUUCUGGUUUUAUUUCAGGACUGAAGAAAUUUGUGGCUACUUGCCUAGCCGUUUUUUUAAUUCAGGCCACAUUCACUCUAUACAUUCAAAGCACAAUUAUACUGCUUUGAACAGUCAUGGCUUCCCCCAAAGAAUCCUGGGAAUUGUAGUUUGUUAAGAGUGCUGAGAGUUGUUAGGAGGCCCCUAUUCCCCUCACAGUGUUACAAUUUCCACAGUGGCUUAACAGUCAGUCCCUCUUUACAGGGGACUCUGGGAACUAUAACUUACUCCCAUUAGUAACUCAGCCCUCUGUGAACUGGUGCUCCUCAACCCCCCACUGCCCCAUGAUCAACUUCCAUCAGCACAGCCACCUGAAGCUUGGAAGCUUUAGUUUGAAGGCAUUAGGUUGGGGAAGGCAGAGACAGUUCAAUGGUGUAGGUAAGCAAUGCUGAACAAAAAUUCCCUGAAUGGUUUUCUCUUUAUCUCACACAGAUGAGAGAUGUUGUUGGGGCUGCCACCGCUGGACAGACAUACUAUCGGAGCUGUAUGGACAACACAAUUAGAUACAUGGCUUUGUACAAAAUCCCCCGAUCUGUUCAGAAUAGAGUCAAAACGUGGUAUGAGUACACUUGGCACUCUCAAGGCAUGCUGGGUAAGACUGAACUAGGGCUUUGAAUAUUGGCUUCGUAAGGUGUUCCUCUGGUUGUUCAAUACGGCUUAGGUCAAGGCUAGCCAAAAUGGCGCUCUCUGGAUGUUGCUUGGCCCCAGUUCCCAGCAUCCCUGUCCACUACGUAUUGGCUGGCUGCAGGGGCUGCUGGGAUGGGGUGUCCAACAACCACUGGAGGGUGCCAUGUUGGCUACCCCAGUUUAGGGCCAAACUAGCCAUAAUAUUGAAUGCAUAUUUACAUUUCCGGUGAAUUGAAUGACACAAGUAGCAGCCACAGGGGUGGGGGUGGGGAGGAAGAGACUGAUAAUUACAAGCAGGGUGAGAAAUUUAACCUUUUCCUUCCCUGCUAUGGUUUCAUUGAUGCCAAUAGGACCUUUUUCUCCUAUGAAAAUAGCAGCUUUGGAGGAGUGAUUUUUUUGUUGGUGUCUGGACUACUGCAGGGGAGAAAAGGUUUAAUCCUUCCUCCCUGACUCCUGAGAUCCUGCUAGUUACCAGUCAUCCACUCUAAGCAGCUGCUAUUUGAGUUUUUAAAUAUGUGCGCUGGCUAUUCUCUAAUCCGCGGUUUCAAGAAAGGCAAACUCUUCCUUACACUUCCUUUGCUGCAGACGAAUCGGAAUUGCUGAUGCAGCUGCCAGACAAGAUGAAGUUGGACAUUGCAGUAGAUGUGAACUAUGACAUUGUUAGCAAGGUGCCUCUUUUUCAGGUAUGGUCCACACCCCCUCAGGGUUUCGCUUACUUAAAUCCAGACAUGCUUGUACAAGCCAACUGAUUCUUCCUUCCUUUGCAUUCAGGGUUGUGACCGGCAGAUGAUUUUUGACAUGCUGAAAAGGCUCAGAUCUGUGGUGUACCUGCCCAAUGACUAUGUCUGCAAGAAGGUAACCAGCUUUGUCUAAGAAGUGAAAAGUAGGGUUGAGCUGAACUGUGGAAUGAGGGGUGAGGUGUGGGAAUACUUGCAGGACAUUUUAAGUACCCAAUUUUCAGUGACUUUGGAUUCAGUGACUAUGAAAAUGUUUGUAGUGGUUGGCGGUCCUUUCUGCACCAUGCCUUAAUAGUACUGUUCUCCAUCAUUCAGAGUCAUGGCUUCCUCUCACCCCCUCCCCCAAAAAAUCCUGGGAAUGGUAGUUUGUUAUGGGUGAUACCCCUUACAGAGCUAACAAUUCCCAGCACCCUCAACAAAUUACAGUUGUUGUUGUUGUUUUAUUCUGAUAGCUCAGUUGGUAGAGCAUGAGACAAUCUCAGGGACAGGGGCUUGGACUAGAUGACCCCCGUGAUACCUUCCAACUCUACAAUUCUAUGAUUCUAUGACAUGAAAGCAGCAAUAAAAAAUAAAUAGAACAACAUUUAAAACUCGGGUAGUCAGUCUGAAACCUGAAGGGCAAAGGAUCCCUGGUGCUGCAAAGAACACUUUUCCUCCUUGUUACUUCAGGGGGAAAUUGGCAGAGAGAUGUACAUCAUUCAAGUCGGGCAAGUCAAGGUGCUCGGAGGACCUGAUGGGAAAACGGUGCUUGUGACUUUGAAAGCUGGAUCUGUGUUUGGAGAAAUAAGGUCAGACAGAUGGAGAAUGUCGAUGUGGGGAGGAAACUGGGCUUGGCAACAGGAAGGAGAAGAAAGGGGCUCAGAAAGAUAAAAGUAUAGUCAUGUACAGUCUUGCUUACUUUUCAUCCAAAAUGAGAUCGGCAGAUUUUUCAGGUACUGUAAUUUUUUUCCUUCAACUGAAAAAGAUUUCCCUGAUGAUAAGAGAAGUCCUGAUAACAAAGAAAUAUAGGUACUUUGACUAUCCUUUCCACCUUUGAAUCUUGAAACUGAAUGGCUAUAAAGAGAUGUACAUGGCAACUAUCUGAUUUUGUUCUAGAUUUCAACUACAGAGGGGGCUAAAUAUACUUUGGCUAACAAAUACACUCCUAAUCAAUCAGGAUUGUAUGAAGUCGUCCCCCCCCCCCCAAAAAAAAAUUGGACAAAUGACUGGAGGGUCUAUAAUAAUAGGAGAAAUUCAGUGGAGUUAUUGCACAUUAAAGUAGAUAAAUCAUCUAAUAAAAAAGGAAAGUAUGAGAUCAUUCUAACUGAACAAUUGAAGCUCUCUCUUGGAGACAUAGAAAUCCGCAUGAAAUAGGCUAUACUUAUUAUUCAAUUGUCCAUGAGUCAUAUUCCUGCAGAGUUUUUACUUCUCCUGAAUUAAUACAGAAAGAGAAAUCUGUAUCUAUAAAGACGGUAACAACAGGGUUUUUAAAACUCUGAAGAAUUCCAUCACCUAAUGAGGAACGCAGAAUGCACAGUGCAGAACCCAGAAAGCAAAUUAUGAUGCCUUGAAAAAUGACACCUGAAAAAUUAUACAGUUUACCAAUAAUCUGUACCCAUUUCCCAUGCCUCCUUCUGCCAAACUCUCAUUAUGGAAAUGCAGAAGAGCAAUUUGGUUCAGGGGCAGCCCACCCAUGAGGCAAGGUGAGGUGACUGCCUCAAGCAGCAGAAGCCCAUGAGGUGGUGUUCCACACAGGCAUCUCGCCACCUCUGCUGCCAGUGGAGAAGCGGUGCUGGCAGGGGCACCGGUUUCUGGUGAGAUCUCACCAGAUCUUGUGGAGUGUGCAGUCAUACAAGAUCUUGCUGGAAGCUAGAUAUUUCAUUGAUGCUGAAUGAGGUCCUCAGGAGACGCUGAGAAAAAAGGCACAGGAGCCAAGCUUAGUGCCCCAAUGUAUUCAAUAGUAGAUGUUGAGUUAUGGAAACCAGAUUGAGUCCCCAGUUGAUGUCUUUUUCUUUUUCUUAGCUUACUAGCUGUGGGAGGUGGAAAUCGACGCACAGCGAAUGUUGUGGCUCAUGGAUUUACUAACCUUUUCAUCUUGGAAAAGAAAGAUUUGAAUGAAAUUUUAGUGCAUUAUCCAGAGUCUCAGAAGUUGCUGCGGAAGAAGGCCAGGUGAGCUGCAGGAUAGCCAGGUGCUGGUAUGUUUGUGCACAGCCAUACUCUCUAUCAAGUCCGAAAUUUCAUGAGUCCAAGCUGAAAUUUAGGCUCAGCAGCUCAUUGGCUCCUAAUAUUCCCAACACCUGAACAAUGUGUGAAAAUACCUGUUUUCCCUUUCUGUUCUUAGGAGAAUGCUGAAAAACAACAGCAAAACUAAGGAUGACAAAAGCAAAGGCAUCAUCAUUCCUCCAAGAGCUGGGACUCCUAAGCUCUUCCAAGCCGCCUUAUUCGCUGCAGGAAAGAUGGGAGGCAAAGGGCGGUUGGCUCAUAUCAGAUGGAAAUUGAAAGAGCUGAAAGCUAUGCAGGUAAAUGCACAGAAAAAGUAGCUGCAAAUGUCAACAGUGAGUUCUCUCCGGAAAUGGGGUAGAAGAACCUAACAAGUUAGGAAGUUCCAUGGUGUUUUUACAGCUGGGACCCCACAGGGGAAGAGCAACUGAAGGAGGGGUGUUUUUGAGCUGAAAAACAAUAUAAUGAGCAGCAGGGAAAUGGUUAAACACUUAUCUCCCUGCCCUGCCACCAUUCCACUCAGUAGCACCAGCAUCCCAAAGCCACUUCUCAUUUAGAGAUGUUGGGACUUUGUUACCUUUGGCUCAAUGUGUCUGAUUUCCCUAGCUUUUUAAAACAAAACAAACCUUUCCCGUAGGCAAGACUUAAUCUAUGCAAGAGCUCUGGACUGGCAUGUUUUCAAAGCUCAGACUGAAACUAGAGCAUAUAAAUAAAUAGGGUGCUUCCUAUUUAUUUAUAGCUUCCUCUAACAGCAAGCUCGGUGCCCCAGUGUCAACAGGGAUGGUAGCAAAACAAGGUCACUGAAGUAGUGAUGGGCUCGAGUGAACCUAAAUGUUUGCCAAAAUACACACAUUUUUUGAAAAACACAAAAAGGAAGCAACUAAAACCCCUACCUCCCCAAGAGCUCAGUGGACACCAGGAGCACAGAAUUUUCCUGAAUUGUUAUGCGGAACGGUGGGUGUCGAGAGGGAGAGCUGCGUCAGCCCUGAACAACAACUAGUUUCCUGCCUGUAUCCCAACUGGCUGGCUAGCACCAAAAGCACUUUGGCUAUGGGGUGAGAAUAUACUUUUGUUCUCUGAAUACUACUGAGAGUCUCUACACAUCAGGGACUAGAAAGAUAGAUUAUUUUUGGAUCGGUGAGGGUUGUUUCCAUACAGACUUGUGCCAGACAGUUCCCUGCUCCAGAUACUAAGCAUGCCCCUUAUUCAAGUAACCACUAGCAUGAUACCUUUGUCUUUCAGGAGGCCAGUGCCACUCCAGUUCCACCUAAAUCACCCGCCAGUCAUAGAUCGCCAGCCGGCUCCCAGAAAUCAGUUCCACCUAAAUCAUCAGCCAGUCAUAGAUCACCUGCCGGCUCCCAAAGAUCAGUUCUACCUAAAUCACCAGCCAUUCAUAGCUCACCAGCUGGUCCCCAAAAAUCAGAUGACUGCAGCAGAACAGAGAAGAUUGUCUCAAAAUCUUCAGAUCACUCUGUUACGGUUUGCAUAACUCCAGCACCUAAAGGUGAUGAAGAGAUUCUCUCCGUAGAGAUUCUAGACAAGGACGAAAUUAAGUAG